GCGAUGGGAAGAGACGACAUGCUUUCUCUGGUGCUGCCCCUGCUGCUCGCCUCAGUCGCCCUGGUCGUGUGGCUGUGGGGGCAGCUGAGGCGCCCUCCGCGAUUCCCGCCAGGUCCAACAUGGCUUCCAGUGGUGGGCAACUAUUGGGGCAUCCGCCGUCUGGGCGAAAAGUUCGGAUCGCAGCACGAGGCAUACGCGUACCUCGCCCAGAAGUAUGGGUCUCCCCUGGUGGGCCUUCGUCUGGGCGGCGACUUGACCGUCAUCGUCUCCACCAAGGACCUGAUACGCGAAGUGCUCACGCGACCCGAAUUUGAAGGACGGCCCCAAAACUUCUUUGCGUACCUUCGCAACUUGGGGCAGCGAAGAGGUAUUUCGUUGGUUGACGGCAAGCUGUGGCAGGAACAGCGCGCUUUCGCAAUGCGUCACCUGCGUUCGUUGGGAUUCAAUGGGGCAGCCAUGCAGGCUCAAGUGGAGGAGGAGGUUCGCGCCCUGCUGGAAGAACUGAGCGACAGCUGUGGGAGGCCGACACAGCUCAAGAACCUGCUGCCGCCCUCCGUGCUCAACGUCAUUCUCCAAUUCUGCGCUGGAUACCGCUUCCCCCGCGGCGACCAGCGCCUGCAGACGCUGCUCAAUCUAGUAGAAACUCGUUCGCGCGCCUUCGACAUGGCUGGAGGCAAACUCAGCGCCAUGCCGUGGCUGCGAUUCAUCCAGCCCGAGGCAACGGGAUACAACGCACUCAUCAAGUUCAACGAGAUGGCGCGCGCAUAUUUUAUGACAAUUAUCGAAGACCAUAAGGCAACAUAUACGCCAGGGAAAAGGAGAGAUCUCAUAGAUGCAUUUGUCUAUGAAAUGGCGAAAGCGGAAGAGCAGCAAAAUGAAAAUACAACUUUUACUGAGAACCAGCUUCUCAUGCUGUUAUAUGACAUGUUUGUCGCUGGCUCAGAAACGACAAGCAACUCUCUUCGAUUUGCUUUUCUUAUGAUGUUACGGUAUCCUGAUGUCCAGGAACGAGUGUACAAAGAGAUAAAAGAAGCAGUUGGUAAUGAUAAACUUCCAACUCUUGAGGACAAAGACAGAUUGGUUUACACCAGAGCUGCUAUUAUGGAAUCACAGAGAAUGUGUUACGUCAUACCAACACGUGGAAUUCGACGGGUGCUAGAAGACACCACCCUACACGGCUGUAAACUUCCAAAGAAUACAGUUGUCCUGACAAACAUUUGGUCAUUGCAUAUGGAUAAAGACCACUGGGGCGAUCCUGAAGUGUAUCGACCAGAACGUUUCAUUACUGAAACUGGAAAGCUUAGAGAGGAUGAUGCAUUCUUACCAUUUGGUCUUGGUCGACGUCGGUGUUUGGGGGAGCAAUUGGCAACGUUUUGUUUAUUCCAGAUGUUUGCUGGAGUCUUGCAAAAAUUUCGUCUUGUUCCUGCUAAUGGUACUGGACUGAAGCACUCUAAUGUUGAGGGCAUUAAUCUUGCACCAAAACCUUAUGACAUUAUUUUCAAACUUCGAUAA